AUGAGAGCAAAAGCGCCCGUCCCAAGCUCGAGGGCAAAAGAAAAGGUCUCCCUAGGCUCCAUCGACUCCUCGCCCAAGAAUCCCAGGCGGGAAAUUGCGAAGGCGAAUCAUGGGAAGGCCCUUCGGGCGGCAUUCGUGGCCAUGGCCAACGCAAGGCCAGAGAAAGAGCGGACAACGUAUUCACCGACAAGAGUCCCCUCGCCGGCGGGCUCGUCGGCACUCUCACCAGCGUCAAAACCGCGAGCAGCAUCAGCAUCAACGAAGUCUUCGUCACCGCCAGCCCGUUCGGGUCUGUCCGCCAAGGACAGGAUGAAGGCUAAGGUUGCCUCAGCUCUUCGACAGGUGCCGCCCAACAACAUCGGUAACUUCACAAGAGGUGCAGGGGCCCAGGCUUCGCCCCCGGCAAAGCCGGCUGCUUCCUUCUCCGAGUUCAACGCAACCGAUUGGCCCGUAGGCGCUGGGAGAGGAAAGGCGGCGGCGUUUGUAUCGAGUGUCAUCGGAGGCGUGGCGGCGACAGGCUGGUUCCUCUUCUGCGCCAGGGCUUCUUCAGCUACACGGUCCUCGACGGCGAGCCAAGAGGGGGAGGGGUGGUCCAAUCCUUUCGGCGACUUGCAGCUCAACGCCGCCGCCGCCGCCGCCGCCGCCACCCCCCCACACCCAUCUUGGUCCACAUCGAGCCGUAUCGCCAACGGAGAUCGUGAUGGUGGUGGUAGCGGCUGGUCGAGCAAGGAGGACGGUGUACGGGUAGAGGGGAGAGGAAAAACUAAAGCGGGUGUAGAGGUCGCCCAGCAAGGUGAUGCUGGUAGUGUGGGUGAGAACGGUGGGACGGGGGACGAAGGUGAAUAUGAGGCUGGAGUCUGGGUAGGAUGGGGUGGGGGGUGCGCUUUCUGA